UUUUACCCAGCCCCAGUGACAGCGGAUGAUUGGCUGAGCACAAGGUCAACCAUGUCCCCGAAUGUUUGGAAAUAUGGCCUCACGGUCCUCGCUCUGUUUGGCCUCAUCUACCUGCUGUUCAACAUCAGCAUUUUGGAGAACUGGAACUGUCACUGUAAUACAGUCACAGUGCCACCCCAACUCCAGAGCCACAUCCAUUCUACUUUGUCUGGACCCGUCCCAACGUUCCACACCAGUCGCACCUUCUAUGCACAUCAGGGCCACAAGGUCUCGCUGGAAGAAGAGCUCGAGGAGCGCGAGUUGUUGAAUUCCAUCGCCUGGCCCAGGCCGCCCUCUGGCUCGGCACCACUCGCCUUGCGCAAUACAAGUGACCCGGUCCACAGCCUCUUCUCUGUCCCCCCCUCCAAGAAUAAAGAACACUGGUACGUGGGCGACCAACUAGAAGUCAGCAUCCAGAUGUACGACUCCAAGGGCCAACCCAAGGGUUACGGUGGCGAUUUUCUUCUGGCUCGGCUGCAUUCUCCGAAGUACAGGGCGGGCGUUGCUGGGGUGGUGUUGGACCACAAGAAUGGACUCUACUCCGCCCAAUUUCCCCUUUUGUGGGAAGGCUCGGCUCAGGUGGAGGUGAUCAUGGUGCACUCAAGUGAGGCUGUUGCUGUGCUGCAACGGCUGAGGGAAGAGCGCCCUGAUCGCUUGUACUACAAAAGCCUCUACAAGUUGGGCCUUCAAUCUGAGACCACGACAUGUAACAUGUAUCUGCCACCUGACCGGGGGUCAUUGUGUGACUACACCGACCCUCUCACCGGGGAGCCGUGGUACUGCUACAAGCCUAAGACGCUCAACUGCAGUGCCAGAAUCAACCACGACAAUGGAGGCUUUGUCGAAGACAUCAUCACAAAUGAGGAAGCGCUGCUCUUUCAGAGUGGCAUCAAUGUCAAAGCUCCCAUCCGGGCUUCUGGAAGUGAUACAAUCAGCGUGCUGCCUUCAAGGCCAGAAAGAAACAGUGUGAAACCGGAUGCUGUCAACCUAAUGACGUCCGGGUACUACUACGAGGACUCGUGGAGACCCUUAGGCGCCGUUGCAAUGCGACAGUUCAGCUCGUCUGCCAUCACUCAGUGUUUGACCAAUAAGGAGGUCCACAUGUACGGCGACUCCACCAUCCGCCAAUGGUUUGAAUACCUCAUGAAUGUGCUGCCAGGCUUGAAGAUACUCAACUUUCUCUCAGAAAUGCCUAGAAAGAAAGGGCCCUUCAUGGCGGUGGACAGCAAACACAAUACUCUUGUGACUUUCCGCUGCCACGGACCACCCAUCUCCUUCACCAGCAUGAUGGUCAGUCAGCUGCGCUACAUCGCCAACGAGCUGGAUGGCCUAAGCGGAGGUCCCAAGACGGUGGUGGCCAUCAGCAUCUGGGCUCACUUCACCACGUUCCCUGUGGAGGUGUACAUCCGCCGCCUGCAGCACAUCCGCAAGGCUGUGGUGCGACUUCUGAACCGGGCGCCAGGGACACUGGUUAUAAUCCGUUCUGCCAACCCCCGGGCCCUGAAAAACAGGAUAAGCCUGUACCACAGUGACUGGUUCUCGCAUCAGCUGGACGCCGUGCUGCGAGCCAUGUUUAAAGGUUUAGACAUUCUGCUGGUGGACGCCUGGCAGAUGACCGUGGCUCACCGUCUCCCUCAUGACAUCCACCCGCCACCGGCCAUCAUCAAGAACACGGUAGACCUCAUCUUGUCGUACGUUUGUCCAAGUCACAUGCGGUGAGGUUCAUGUGACUCCUUUAUAGUUUGGUUUAUGUUAAUACGGGUUGCUCAGGAUAACCAAAAGAGGAGAAUAAUUCACUUAAAAUGUUGUUUUCAAGUACUUCUAUGUCCAUUUACUUUUUUUAUUAACUGAAAAGCAUUUAUAGUCUUGCCUUUUAUUUGAAUAUAAAGUACAUGCGCCCUAUCGUUCUUGAGGAAAAGCGCUGUUACA